CCCUUCCCGCUGCCCGCCUCAGAAUAACGCGCUGCCGAGGGGGAGGACGGGACUGGGGGACCCAGAGCCGCUGGUUCCGGAGAGGACUCACACUUAAAAAACAUCAGGAUGAAAAAUAAAAAGACGUGAAGGGGGUGUGCGUUGGGGGGGGGGGGCACAGACGGAGGAAUGCGGGAGUCAGGGGUCAGGGCCGCUCCGGGGCGGUGGCGGCGGCGCGGGGCGGGGCGGGCGGCGCGGCGCGGCGCGCAGGAAUGCGCGGAAUGUCGCUGUUUGUCCGCGGCCCCAUUCAGCCCAUUGGCGAGGCCGCGCCGACGACGCGUAUAAAGGGGCGUCCGCACCGGCACUCCGUAGCAGUCACACAGCCGCUCUCCCACCGGACUCAGAAGGAGCGGAGCAGCGCAGCAGCGAGUAGCCGCUUGCACACUGCCCACUGCACACAGGGCCGUCCGCGCAGCGCUGCUGAGAAGAGCCGCCCGACGGGAAGCGCUCCUCGCUUCGCUUCGCCUCACCUCGACUCGGCUCAUCUCACCUCACCGCCCCUCCGCCGGGCAGCCAGACGCUGCUGCCUGCUCGUCGCCGCCGCUCACAAGCCGCUGACCGCCGCGGGAUGGCCCCCGCCAGCUUCGCCGUAGCCCUUCUCCUCGCCCUCCUCAGCCCGGAGGCGCAGAGCCAGGAGUGCAGCGGGCAGUGCCAGUGCGGCGCGGGGCCCGGCCCCUCCUGCCCUGCCGGCGUCUCCCUGGUGCUCGACGGCUGCGGCUGCUGCCGCGUCUGCGCCAAGCAGCUGGGCGAGCUCUGCACCGAACGCGACCCCUGCGACCACCACAAGGGGCUCUUCUGCGAUUUCGGCUCCCCCGCCAACCGCAGGAUCGGCGUCUGCACCGCUCGGGACGGCGCUCCAUGCGUCUUCGGCGGUAUGGUGUACCGAAGCGGAGAGUCCUUCCAGAGCAGCUGCAAGUACCAAUGCACCUGCCUGGACGGGGCGGUGGGCUGCGUGCCCCUCUGCAGCAUGGACGUCCGCCUGCCCAGCCCCGACUGCCCCUACCCGCGCCGGGUGAAGCUCCCUGGAAAGUGCUGCGAGGAGUGGGUCUGUGACGAGACCAAAGAGCAGACUGCAGUGGGACCUGCGCUUGCUGCUUACAGACUGGAAGACACUUAUGGUCCAGACCCAACAAUGAUGCGUGCCAACUGUCUGGUGCAGACCACGGAGUGGAGUGCUUGCUCCAAGACCUGCGGUAUGGGCAUCUCAACCAGGGUCACCAAUGAUAAUGCCUUCUGCAGACUGGAGAAGCAGAGUAGACUCUGCAUGGUCAGACCUUGCGAAGCAGACCUGGAGGAGAACAUCAAGAAAGGCAAAAAGUGCAUUCGCACCCCCAAAAUCUCCAAGCCCAUCAAGUUUGAGCUGUCCGGCUGCACCAGUGUGAAGACCUACAGAGCUAAGUUCUGUGGUGUCUGCACUGACGGGCGCUGCUGCACGCCCCACAGAACCGCCACCCUCCCCGUGGAGUUCAAGUGCCCUGAUGGGGAGAUCAUGAAAAGGAAAAUGAUGUUCAUCAAGACCUGCGCGUGCCACUACAACUGCCCCGGAGACAAUGACAUCUUUGAGUCUCUGUACUACAGGAAGAUGUAUGGAGACAUGGCAUAAAGCCAGAAGGAGAAGCUAACUAGAUUCUCGACUUGAACUGGUCUGCAUCUCAUUUUGUAAACAUGAUUCAAUAGCACAAGGUAUUUAAAUCAGUUUCUUUUUUUUUUUUUAAUUUCAACAAACUGCUCCAUGUGACUUAAGACAAUUUUUCUACUGACCCCAAAUGGUGGUUUGAAGAAGGUAAAACGGAUGGACAGUGGGACCACAGCAAGACACAGCUUCAGAACACAUUGUUCGUGAGGUGGUGUGAAGGGGUUAAGGGAAAUAGGCAGGAAAAGCAGAUUCAAGCAAAUGUUCCCUUAAUGUGGUAUAGCGUGCUUCAUCUAGCAGUGCAAUUGAGAAGGAGACCGUUAGCAUGUUUGCUGGUGCUGGCUUAGUAACAGCAACAGCUGGAAUGCAAACUCUCACCCAGCAAAGUGCUAAGUAGAAGGUGUUCUGUUAGUCAGGACAGUAAUGUUUCAGCUCUGACGCUCUGAUUCAUAUGGCUUGGUCAACAAGAAUCAGAAUCAUGUCUAUUAGACUGGACAGCUUGUGGCAGUUAAUUUACCUGUAACAAGCUACUUUUUAUUAAUAUUGUAAAUACUGUGUGUAUAUAUAUUUGUACAGUUAUCUAAAUUAAUUUAAAGUUUUGUGCCUUUGUUUAAUGCUUUGAAAUUUCAAUGAUAGCCUUCUUUUUUGGAACAAGAUAGGUAGGAUUUAAAGCUUGUUUGACAAUGCAUUCAAAGAUUGAAAUACAUACUCUAGUGGAAAUUGUUCAGAUAGGGCCAAAUGGUGAGUUGAGAACAAGAUGGAGAUUGUUACAGUUGAGUUGCCUGUAUCCUUACAAAGCAGUCAUCUGGCAAAAUAUAUUUACUUCCACUUUAUUGGAGAAGUGGCUUUAAGAAAAAAGGCUCUUCUGUAGCUCAUCAAUCUUUCCACUUGAGCAUUUGUUUCUUUCUUUGACGAUGGCUCUUUUUGGACAGUUUAUUUGUUGAAAAGUGUGACCAAAAGUUACAUGUUUGCACCUUUUUAGUUGAAAAUAAAGUAUUUAUAUUUUUUAUAUAAA